AAGGCAGUACACCCAUAUCAAAGGCUUUGCAAUGUCGAGAUGAUCAAGAGCCCUGUGUAAAUAAAGGAACUUGUGUUACCUACCACAAUGGCACAGGAUACUGCAAAUGUCCAGAGGGCUUCUUGGGAGAAUAUUGUCAACAUCGAGACCCGUGUGAGAAGAAUCGCUGCCAGAAUGGUGGGACCUGUGUGGCCCAGGCCAUGUUGGGAAAAGCCACCUGCCGAUGUGCUCCAGGGUUCACGGGGGAGGAAUGCCAGUACUCAACCUCUCACCCCUGCUUUGCGUCUCGCCCCUGCCUGAAUGGAGGCACCUGUCAUAUGCUCAGCUGGGAUACGUAUGAAUGCACCUGCCAAGUCGGCUUUACAGGGAAGCUGUGCCAGUGGACUGACGCCUGCCUGUCUCACCCCUGUGCAAAUGGAAGUACCUGUACCACUGUGGCUAACCAGUUCUCCUGCAGGUGCCUUGCGGGCUUCACAGGACAGAAAUGCGAGACCGAUGUCAAUGAGUGUGACAUUCCAGGACACUGCCAGCAUGGGGGCACCUGCCUCAACUUGCCCGGUUCCUAUCAGUGCCAGUGCCCCCAGGGCUUCACAGGCCAACACUGUGACAGCCCCUAUGUGCCUUGUGCACCCUCUCCCUGUGUCAACGGAGGCACCUGCCGCCAGACUGGUGACUUCACUUUUGAGUGCAACUGCCUUCCAGGUGAGGAGUUCUAAAUGUCCUGGGACUGGGGGACAAACCAAUCACAGGAAGAAGGUGGAAGGUGGCAAGCAGUUCAGUUCCUUUAGGAAGUAUCUUAAUGCAGGGAAAAGAGGAAGUGAGAAUUUCAAGUGGGGUGGAUUGUUGGUGAGGGAGGGGUUUUAUGGGCCCACUGCAGUCCAUAAACAGGGCAGGGGGUUAUUUAACAUGUCAGGGUUUAUGGUGAUGAGUGCCAAGGAAAUUGCUUAUUAUGCCUUCUAGAGAAACAGUGAGGAAUAAGAGAAACAGAACUCUGGGAAAGGGACAGGCAAAUCUAGAAUGGAGAAGAACACUGUGAGAACUGGACAUUGGAAAAUAUGUAUGUGUGAUUAGUAAAGUGCUUUAGCCUGAAUUGACACUAAGACUGGGUGAUCAGCUUUCCCAUACGCUGUGCCUCUGAUGGAGUAGUUCAUUGUAUUUGUAUCUGCUCAAAUGUGUGCCCACUGCCCACCCUUUUGCAAUAUUUUGCCUGGAUUCUGGCCUGCAGAACCCUUUCUUAUGUCCUCUCCCUGACUUCAGAGUGACCCUUCCCUGUAUUGAAGGUGGAGAACUUUGAAACUGGGAAGAGGACUCUCUGUUAAUUAUGAGCACUUUUUGAUGAGCUCUGAUAGACAAGGUAUGGGAGACCAAGCAUGACACCACUACCCUUUGUCACACUCCUGGCUGGUACAUGUUCCUUGGAACACACACAAACAAGACAGAAAGAAGUACAGAAGGGCAGUGUCUGAAGCUCAGCUCCUGUUGCUCCUUAGAGGAGGGAAGGAGCCAGUCUGACCAAUUCACUUUACUUCUUAUAAAAGUGAUGAGGAGGCUGAAAACCAAGAAUUUUGAUUGGGAACAGAACACAAGCAGCUGGAGCAGAUGAAUUACUAAGCAACA